AAUAUUUAAACCUAGCCCCUUAUUUCAGCGCCGGGUCCUUAGUCCCUGCUGCGCGAUUGCAUAAACUUAAUCCCUAAAGACUAAGUCCAAUCUCUUGGUAUCUCGGCCAGUCAAAGAGCUUGUUAUAUAUCUCCGGCCUUAUCGGUCCCCCAUAAGGGCCGAACAGCACGGCAUCUUCCUACGUCACACUGCAGAAAAUCAGGGCAUAACCAUUGCAUCUUUCGAAGACAAGAAUUGUCCAAGCAAGCCGAGUGCAAUCACGUGGACAUGGCCCUUGUCCGGUCUUCGCUCUGGCAUUAUCUAUGGAUGGUGACUUGGGUCGUUAUUUUACACUCGGUUGGUCCACUCUCCGUCCUCUACUGCGUCUCGGCCAAGUUCUUGCCGGAGCGCCUACGAAUCUGGAAGUAUCUUGAAUACUGGGCGUUGAUAGAGACGCUGUUCUACUUUCUCACCUACGGCUACCGGAAAUACUACCUCCAGUACCCCGCGCUACAUCCCCCUCCUCUGGAGAGGGAGGAACGAAUUCAGCUCUUUCGCCGUUGUGUCGAAAGCUCUGAAGACCUCGCUACAUUCUUCUCAAGAUGGUUCUUGGGUACACCCAUUGCUGCUAUCAAAAGAGAGAACAUUAAAGAGUGGCUCCGAUGGGCUUUUCUAAACACAGCAAUCGUCGACCCCAACCAGGAUGACGAGUUGGAAGCAUAUGUUGUGGAGCUUGAGACGAAACUCGGGACCAAUUUCGAACCCGGAAGAGCUGAUGUCAAAAGCAUACGGUUGACGCUCGACAAGGUCGACGCGCUUCAUCGGAGUCUGACUUGGUAUCUGUGCAUCUUUGUGGUCGACAUCGUGACGCAUGCUUACAUGUACAUCAACGAUUUUGAUUUUUACCGUGGCUCGAUCGCAAAUUCCGUCAGCAUCAUCCCUCCGCGACCGCAAGCACUUAUGGCGAGCUAUCGAUCGCCAAGCCAGAAUAUGAGUUACUGGCACCGCCCUCACACCUCACAAAAGGAACUACCACUAGUCUUCCUCCACGGCAUCGGAGUUGGCCUAUACCCAUAUAUGCGACUUCUGAAGGAAGUGAACACGGGCCGCCGGGACGAGGAUGGGAUGAUUGGGAUCCUCGCGGUGGAGAUUUUGCCUAUAUCGACUCGAAUCACCCCCCCACUACCCCGAAAGGAAGAUAUAUGUCAGCAGAUUCAGUGUAUUCUCGAUCAUCACGGAUUCAACAAAUUUAUCCUAGUGUCUCAUUCAUAUGGCUCGGUGAUCAGUACGCACUUACUCAAGACACCUGAGCUGACCCAUCGAAUUUCUUCAGUCAUCCUUGUGGACCCCGUUUCAAUACUGUUGCAUCAACCAGAUGUGGUAUACAACUUUACGGUCCGGACACCCAAAUUCGCCAAUGAAUGGUUACUAUGGUAUUUCGGCUCGAAGGACAUGGGCGUGGCUCAUACACUCUCUCGCACGUUCUUCUGGUCGCAGAAUAUCCUGUGGAAGGAGGACCUUAACCUCCAUCGUGCAACAGUAUUUCUCUCCGGGAAAGACUCCAUUAUCAACGCCCCACAAGUGCGGAGGUACCUGCAAGACAUCGAAGAGCAUGACCCGGGCAAAGAUGAGGAAGAAUAUCCCGAAGAGAGCGUACCGGCCCCUCAUGAGCGCGGCUGCGUGGAAGUGGUUUGGUGCCCUAAUCUUGAUCAUGGAGAGGUCUUUAACCUGGCUGCCUGGAGAGAGCGAUUGAAGCUUGAAAUUCUAAGGAAGGCACGAUAUCUGGCGGAACUCGGCUCUUACGUACCGGCCCGUCAGGACUUGCCGGACUACGGUUUGUCGCGGUGAUGGGAGUCGGAUCAGGUAUUCUGCUUGGCGUUUUCCAACGGGCCCGUUUGGGUACGCCUGUUUAACUAGAUGUUUUUUAAGAGAAUAGUACGAGAACAGUAGUAAUUGAUUUAAGAG